GGAGGGGACGUCACUUCCGGGAGCUCCGCGUGGACCGACUUGUUCGGGGUUCUCCAGCAUGGCCGAGUUAGCAGGUCCCGCGAAGCCGAGUCUGGCGUUGAACCCGCAGGAAGACUCGCAGUUCGAGAAGGCUCUGAAGCACAUCCAGCGGCGCGCGAGAAAGCCAAAGAAGAAAGAAUUUAACCGUGGAGUAGUUUAUCUGGGUCACCUGCCUUCAACACUUUCUGAAAGCCACAUCUAUAACUACUGUGCCCAGUUUGGCGAUAUUAGCAGAUUCAAAUUGUCCAGAAGUAAGCGGACCGGGAACAGCAAAGGCUAUGCCUUCGUGGAGUUCGAGUCGGAGGAUGUUGCCAAGAUCGUUGCAGAAACAAUGGAUAACUACCUGUUUGGUGAAAGACUUCUAUCGUGUAAAUUUAUGCCACGAGAAAAAGUCCAUGAAGACCUUUUCAACCAGAGGAAUGUUUCCUUUCAUCCGCCAUCGUUUCCAGCAGUGAAACGCUAUAAUCAGAAACGAGGACAUUUGCAGAUGUUGAAGAUGGAGUAUCGGUUUAAGAAGAAGGAACAAUUACUCCGGAAGAAACUAGCCGAGAAGGGGAUUGAUUAUAGUUUUCCUUCACUGGUCCUACCUAAGCCAAAGAAUGGGAUUUCAAACAUUGCUAACACUCAUGGGGAUUCUGAGGUUAAACAGGUCUUACCUGACCAAAAAGACGGGCUCUCAGGCGCACCUAGGAGAAUGGAGACGAUGACGAAAGGAGAGAUUUCCAAAAGCAUUCCUAAGAAGCGUAAGAGGUCUCGGAGGAAGAGGAGGCCAUCUGUGGGCAGCCAGGAUCCCACGCCAGUUUGUACACCAACAUUUUUGGAGAGGCGAAAAUCGCAGGUGAUGGAAGUCGAUGACGAUAAAGAUGAUGAAAUCAUUUUCAAGCUGCCUGUGCCCCCAGAGAAAGAAGAUGUGCAAAAGACGCCAGCACCUGCAAGCCCUGGAAAAAGAAGACCAAGAAAAAGGAAAGGCCAGCAGUGACCCUGACAGCGCUCUGUGUGCGUAGCGUGGGCAGACUGAUCUUGUAGUGAAGGCCUGCUGUGUCUUACUGGGUACAGUGAUAUGCAAGCACAGACAAGACUGCUGGAGAAAGACCACAUUUGUUUGUCCCAGUGAGGAAAGCCACCAGGAACCUGGCUGUUUGCCCUUCCCUGUUCUUCGGGUGUCAUCGCUCCCCCAGUUUUACUAUCCUUAUGAAACUCAGGCUUAACUACCACCAAGAAAGAGUGUUUGUGGCCAAUCGGUGCUGUUUGGACCGUGUGUGAUUGUAUAUAUAAAAAGUCAGGCUUCAACCUCAGGCAUCUGAAACUAGAAGUUAAAUCCAUAGAGCGGGAGAGCUGUCCAGGUGUGGACAGAUCUGCACAUGCAUCCAGGAGCUGAGGAGGAAUCCGAAAUGACCCACAGUUAAUUGCAACUAAGCUAGGGUAUAGGUUUCACAAAUCAGUUUCAGCAGUUGGAUCCAAGAUUCAAACAGCGGCCAAACUUUUCUACAGUUUAUUUGUGUACAAGAAAACCUAAGAACUUUGGGGGGAAAUAAGAAAUGUCUCCAUCUGCUGUUAUAAGCUUCUAUGCCUUUUCUUUUGCUAAUUUGGGUUCUUUGAAUAUAACUGUCAAUCUCCUUGAUUAA